CGAGUUAAAAAAGGCGCCAAAACAAUCGUCCCAGGGAAGCGCAUCGAUACCCCUGGCGAGGUUACGUAGUUUUUACAACAAACAAUAUGGCGGCUGUUCGCAGGUCGUUUCCCGUCUAUUUGCGUGGACAUAGCUGUAUAUCAUAGUGGGCUGGUGACUACAAGGGUUACUGUCAUGGAAGGGGAGGAUGUUGUCGUUUCCGACGAUUUAGAUUCAUGUGAUUUAGGCCUAGGACAAGGUCUAAAACCAGGUGGACUCCCGAAACUUUCACCCGUCUCCCCACGAAAAUCCUUGUCGUUGCCAUCUUCGCCUGGUAGUCCAGUAACAACUGUUCUUGAAGACUACUCCACCGGGAAGGAACAAAUAGAGCAGUUAUUCGAGGAUUCAGGACAUUGGAAUCUAGCAAAAUUAUUUCGUAAACUAGCGCCAAAUAUUUUGAGAGGUGAAUCAAAGGACAUAUUGUUUGGCUGCGCGACGACGGGUGACCAUUGUCAGGGUUCUUGCGGGAAAUGCCAGAAUUCCCUCCCAAGGACAAAACACAGGACAAGACGAAACAGCGAUACUAUACUGGACGAGAAGAAUGCCAAAAAUAAAGAGUCUUUACAGCGAUCUAAGUCGCUCAAAGCCAAACCAUGGAACUACUUUCAAGAUGAAGAUUAUAGAUCCCUUCAAAUGAAGCUACAGAAAGCAAAAGAGGAGAUUGAGACUCUGAAUUCUGAUCUGGAACACUGCCAGGAAGCGCUUCAGUACAAAUAUGGCACCAUUAAGAGCAUUCAUAUACAGUCCCGCCUGGAAAAGGCUUGUAGCAGAGAGAUGACACGGAAAGCACUUGAGGCAAGCAAGAAGCUGGAGCAGGAAGUGAACAUGCUCCAAUGGGAACUUGAAUUGAAGCAGAGCUACUUGCUAGACAGUGAGCAGACGUGGGCUGAGAGGUUUGACCGGGUGGCUACAGAGAAUGCUGCACUUCUGGUUGCUCUUCAUGCCCGCUCAGAUGAGCUACGCAAGCUAGCAAUUGAAAAAAUGGCCUUGAUACGGGAGCGUGAUGAGCUGGCUGCAGCCUUAGAAGUCAAAGACCGGAUUCAAGGCGAAGCUUGCACCCCUGAUGAUGACGGUCCAUGUUCCAGCGAAGAAAUGAUUGUAGAGCUUGCCACACUGGGAGCCUGUCAGUGCAGAGGGCACAAGCAAGAGCCAUGUGGGUGCGCAAGAGCGGCUGUGGACGCAAAAAGGGAGUUUGGCAGAAUCAAAAAACAGCUGGAAUCCGCGCGCCGAAACGAGGAAGACGCGCUCCUGUCAGCGGACGCUUAUCGCGUAGCCUUCGAGCAGCAGCUGACGCGGAAUUCUUCCCUGAUUCACGAACUCUUGCACAAGUCUGUUCACUUGCCCUGGAAGCGGAAACUGCAGUUGACGUCACAUCAGACCAGCGACACUGGUACGGAGGAGGACUUUCUACAGCGCAUGCGUGACAGAAAUGACGAGCUCGUACAGAAGCUUGUGGAUAUGCUGAGUGACAAAAGCGAGGCCUUGGCACAUCAAAAAGUAGCGACUAAAAUGUUAGCGUCGAAGAUCCGCGAGCAGGAGAAACAAUUAAAGAGAUUUCAGACUCAAGAGAUUGAAGACCUUACAACCACGUCCACACAACCGUACGGCACAGAGCCGGCCAUAAAUGUUUGAUAAUUGAAAUAAUUCAAUUUUGACAAUUUUGAAUAAUAUUGGAUAUUUUAAACAUAGAAUUUUAUAUUUAUAUUAUAUAAUGUAUAUGUACAUAUAAUACUUUUGUCAUUGAGUACAGAUAAAAUAUAGAUGAAAGUGUAUAUUAUAAAUGCUGGUUGCAUGCUGAAAACUUGAACCUCCAGCUAUUUCGAACCCGAAUAAAAUUGUCAUAAAAUUAA